CUCUUCUUCGCUUUCACCGUCGAAGAGGAGCAAAUCAGAACAGAAAGACAGAGAUGAGCGAUCACGACUCCAAGUACUUCUCCACAACCAAGAAGGAAGAAAUCCAUGAGCUCAAGGAAGAGCUUAAUUCCCAGGACAAGAUGUAUACUUGUAAGGGUCCUUGCACAGACCGCUCUCUUGGUGGAGGAUGCAUUGGAGGACGAGGCUCAGUGGGUGCUCAAUCAUUCGAGACAGGGCUGGGAUCAAGAUCAAUAGAUGACCCGAUAAUGGGGGGUACAUCUAGUGUUAGAGUAGAUAUGAUAUCGAGGAUUGACGCUGAUAUGUUUCCAGAGUUGAGUACUAUGAGAGUUCCGAUUGUGGGAAUUGACCCGAGACAGUGUUUAAAUAGGGAUCGAGGACCAGAGGGCCCACAGGCAAUUGAUGGAGGACGUGAUCAUAUUGCAGAUGAGGAUAGGCAUUGGAAGGCAGAGAUUAUACCCAUUGCUCCACGAGUACGUGCUACGAUUCCCUCAGUAGCACCAGUCGCCCCAGUCCCAGAGGUUCAACUACAGAUGCUGAGGGACAUGACAGAUAUGGUGAGGGCUAUCACGCAGCUAGUACAGGCGCAAGCUACUUGUACACUAGAGAUAUGCAGUGAGGGCCAAACAUCAAAGACCCUGGUGGAUGACCCAGUAUUGAGGCAGGCUGGGAGAGAGUUGGUUGAGUUAGAAGAGCUAGGCAAGACUAGACCUCCAAACUUUAUGGGCGAUAAGGAUGCGGUAAGAGCGCAUCAGUGGCUACAACAGAUGUCUCAUAGGCUGGAUACACUUAACAUACCUAAUGAGAGGCGAGUGAUGUUAGUUUCAUACUUCUUGAAGGUGGUGGCAUAUGACUGGUGGGACUCUCUAGAUGGCAUGAGGGAGACCCUCACGUGGAAAUCUUUUGGUGAGCUCUUCAUGCAGAAGUUUGUGCCUUUGUCUUUUCGUUCAGAAAAAGCACGGGAAUUCUUAGAGUUGGUGCAGACGCCCGAGAUGACGGUGACUGAUUAUAGGCGUAGAUUUGAUGAAUUAUACCACUUUGGUCGGUAGUAUGCAGCGGAUGAACAACUUAAAGCUGAGAGGUAUAAACAAGGUUUGAUUCCUGCAAUUGCUACUUUGCUGCUCUCGAUAAGGUUACAGUGUUAUAAUGAGACGGUAGAGAUGUCACUUCAGUUUGAACAGAGUUUUCAGGACUCGCAAAGGUAUUGGGACACACACAAAGGGCGUAUCACAUCAGCAACUGGCUCUGGCUUAAGGGGAAUCCAGGAGAAACAAAAGAUUAACAAUCAGGGGCAAAGGGGGCAGCCUGGGCAGAGAGGCCAGACAUUGAGAUCUCAAGGUGACAGAGGCACACAACAAAGUCAGAAAACAUGCCAUCGAUGCGGACGACCGAGACAUUUCAGAGCACAGUGCACUGCUAUGAGACCUAAGUGCUACCAAUGUGGUAUGGUUGGACACAAGCUGGCAAAGUGUUCCCAGAGUGACAUGUCGCAUUAGGGUCAAGGCUUACCCGCUCCACCGGUUCAUCCAACGCUUCCCCCACCUUUGGUGUCUACUAUAGCACCGGCAUAGUGGGGACACUCAUCUUGACGACAACAGCAGCAACAACAAUCAAUGACUAAGGGUUGAGUGUAUGCUCUUGGGCAUCAGACCACACUAGAGCAUCCAAAAUUUAAUGGGGGUACCUUUCUUUAUCUUUAACUCUUGGGCUCGCAUUCUAUUUGUUUUUUGGAGGUGACCCCGAUUAGAAGAAUGAUGAUAAUACUCUCUAUUUGGAUAGUUUAGUGGUAUAUGCUUGGGGAGUAAAUGUCAUUUUGGAGACUAUGGGUUAACGACUUAUUUAUAUGUCCUCGAUUUUAAGGAUUUCGAUGUGAUAUUCGUUGACAGAGCAUCGAGCGAUAUUGGAUUUCUUGGAGAGGAAGGUUACUCUAAAGGUGCUUGAAAAGGUGGUAAAUCAGUUAAGGGGAUUGAAGAGUAUGCAUAACGUCAUAUUACACUUAUAUUUAUACCUCGAUUUGUACUUGUUUUUGUAUACUUUUAUUGAAGUAAUCUCGCAAAUUCCAUACAUUUCUUU